ACUUACAGGAGGUGUAGAGUAGAAAUCCAAACACCACAGUCAAACUUCAAGUGCAAAGUGAACCAUGUUAUGCAUCUGAGACCAGGGUAUUUGAACGAGUAUACAUUUGUCUUGGUCCACUGAAAAGUGGAUUUGCAGCAGGGAAAAGAGAUUUACUAGGGCUUGAUGGUGCAUUCAUGAAGGGUCCAUACCAUGGUAUGAUCCUGACAGCAGUGAUGGGAACAAUUGCACAUACCCUUUGGCAUAUGCAGUUGUUGAAGCAGAGAACUUUAAUUCAUGGACCUGGUUUUUAACUAACUUAGGAGAUGAUCUUGGUUUGUAUGCAAACUCCAACUUCACUUUCAUAUCAGAUAGACAGAAGGGGUUAUUGCCUGCACUUGAGAAACUUUUCCCAGCAGCAGAGCAUAGAUAUUGCCUAAGGCAUCUUCAUGAGAACAUGAAACGUAAAUGGAGGGGCAAGGAAUUCAAGGAUUGUCUUUGGAAAUGUGCAACAUGUACCACCAUACCACAAUUCAACAGUGCCAUGGAAGAACUAAAGAAACUUAACAGUGAAGCAUAUGACUGGCUUAAUUCUAUUCCACCUAAGCACUGGUCCAGAUCCCACUUCUCAGGUAUAUAAUAUUAUGUUUAUAAGUGUAUAAUUUUUAAAUAUAAUCUAAUACAGUUGUGUUUUAUUAGGGAGGGCACAUUGUGAUGCUGUGUUGAAUAAUAUGUGUGAGAGUUUGAAUAGCAAGAUAGUGAAGGGUCGUGAUAAGCCAAUUAUCAGUUGCUUGGAGUUUAUUAGGGAGUAUAUCAUGAGGAAAAUUGUCAUGGUUCAAAAAGAAAUUGAUAAAGCUAAUGGCCCAUUAACUCCUACAGCCACUAAGACCCUUGAAAAAAUUAAAGAAAGGGCAGCACAGUGUAGGGCAGUGUUCUGUGGCAAUGGGAAGUACCAGGUUACAAGUGAAGGUACUAAUCAGUAUGUGGUUAAUAUGGACCAACAAACUUGUUCAUGUAAUAGGUGGGAACUGACAGGCAUACCCUGCAAACAUAGUAUAGCAGCUAUAUGGGAUAUGAGGCUCAACAAUGAAAAUGUUGGAAUACCUGAGACAUGGGUACACCCAACUUAUUGGCUCAAGACAUGGAAAGAAAUGUAUGUCUUCAAAGUUGAACCUAUUAAUGGGAGGUUAUUGUGGGAAAAAAGCACAUGUCCUACCAAGUUGAUACCACCAAAGUAUCGUGUCCCUAUUGGCAGACCAAAAAAAAAGAGAAGAAGAUCUGCAACAGAAGAUGAUGGAGUGUCCACAAAAUGGAAAUCUGUAACAUGCACAAAAUGUGGAAAUGUGGGCCAUAAUGGAAGGACCUGCAAGGGACAAUCACAGACUGGGAAUGGAACAGGAGAAGGUGCAGCAGGGAAUACAACAGGAGAAGGUGCAGCAGGUAGCAGUGGUGGUGUACAAAAUGGAGUUGGGAACAAAGGAAAAAGCCCCAUGCUUUGAGAAUUUGUAGUUUGGUAUCAUGAUCAUGAAGGAUAACUAUGUUUUUGUUAGGCAUUUAUUGCCAUAUUA